AAAAUAUAGCUCAUAAAAGAACAGAAAACGAAAUGUCUAGAAAUGUUACUGCUAUGCUUAGAGUACAAUGCAUGUUAACUUACUAGAAUUUACUAGAUUCUACAACCAGAUUGUAAAAUAAUUUGUUGAAAAUAAAUGGCUAAAUAUCUUGCUCAGAUAAUCCUAGCGGGCACACAAGUUGUGGGCAGAGCUUUUGCUAGAGCUGUAAAACAGGAGUAUGCAGCCAGCCAGCAAGCUGCCAAAAAUGCAGGCGGCGGUCGGCAUGGUGCGAGGAAAGCUGCAGCAGAUACAGUUUCAGGGAUGACUUUGCAGGAAGCUAAACAGGUAUUGAACGUAGCAGACAUAAACGACACAGAAGCAUUGCUUAAAAAUUACCAGCAUCUGUUUGACGUUAAUGAUAAGUCUAAGGGAGGAUCAUUGUAUUUACAAUCCAAGGUUUUUCGGGCCAAAGAAAGAAUAGAUAUGGAAAUACAGAAUUUAAAGACAACACAGUCAGAAAAAGCAAGAAAGUCCUCAUCUGGAGGUCCAUCUUGACAUUAGUGUUAAAUUAUGUGUGUGUGGUGUGUGUAUGUGUGCAUGAUCUGAAGUGUAGCUAUGAGGUCAGUUAUGAUGGGAUGGGUUGAUUUCAUUAGACAUGUUGUUUUUAGUGGUGUUUGUGGAAAGAUGGACAUCAUCUCACUGUUAUUUCUGAUACCUGUACACAAAGAUGGUGAAAUCUUCAUCACUGGUUUUUUAUUGUUUUUAUUUUAAUUAGUUAAUUAUAGAGAUGGAUCUCUGAAAAUUAGUUUACCUUCUGUCAAUGAUUUUAUAUGAGAUAUCACAUUAGUGGUGUCAAUGGUGUGUGAUACCUUGCAUGGUGUCACUCUUAUCACAAGGAAAGUCAUGUUUGGUGUUGAUCAUGAUGGGUUACAUUUGUUUUUAGUUGCCAGAAAAAAAUCUGUGUUCAGAAUAUAUUUGUUGGCAAAAUAUGAAAUUAUCUUAAAUAAUAGUUGUUUUUAAUAAAUGAGUUUUUUGGUCAAAUACUAAGUUUUAUUGUUUGUGAAUUUUGCUCUUAAUUUUAAGUAAUAUGUUACUUGUUUGGCUUUUAAUGUUUGUAAGGAUUUCUGGGCAAGAUAUUUAGACAUAAUUUUGUUAAACAAUAAAGCCUAUUGUAUGUAACAUCUAGUGGCUAGUAUUUGAUAAUUUUUUAGAUACAUUUAUUAUGUUGAGAAUAAAAAUACAAUUUGA